AUGACAGAGUAUUAUUUGAAGGAGACAUGCGAAUCGGAAAGGCUUAGGCGAACAACGUUUAUUGCGGUGUUGAUCUCCACAACGGCAGUGUUGUCAUCAGUGAUUACCCUGCCACUCGUCUACAGUUACAUCCAAGCAAUGCAAACACAUAUGUCCAACGAAUUGGACUACUGCAGAGCGAAAACACGUGAUCUUUGGGUGGAUGUGUAUGCGGCGCAGGAUUCGUUGAAUAUUCAUCGGGCGCAAUCGAAUCCUGAACUUGCGGAAUCCAGAGUGAGACGUGAAUGGUCGUUUGGACGAUGGCUUGAGAAGAGGGAAAACGACUACCCCGAAGGUGCACCUCCAGCAUCGCGUCCAGUUAAUUACGAGGAAACUAAGUCGGCGGGAAUUGAAAGAUUCACGGCUUGUUGUACAUGUCAGCAAGGACCUGCCGGUCCACCAGGGUUACCUGGUGACGACGGUGCGGAUGGACUAGACGGAAUGCCUGGCCGUAAUGGUACUCCAGGAAGAGAUGGUGUAGUAUUGCCGGCUCUUGGGCCUCCUCCUGAACCUUGUAUCAUAUGCCCACCCAGUCAGCCUGGGCUACCUGGAGCCAUGGGACCUAAAGGACCGCCGGGCCCACGUGGUGCGCCUGGAUUGUCUGGAAUUAAUGGGAAAAAAGGUGAACCAGGUAUAGCUGGUCCGCAAGGACCCACAGGUAUUCCGGGAAGGCCAGGAAAGAAGGGCCAGAGAGGGGAACCAGGAAGACUUGUGGUGGUUGCUGGGCCAGCAGGUCCUCCUGGGCCCAUGGGAGAACCCGGUCCGCCAGGUUCGAAAGGAGAGAAAGGCCGACCUGGCCGCCAGGGAUCAGCUGGACCUCCUGGAGUUCAAGGAGAGCGCGGUGUUCCUGGAUCACGUGGACGACCUGGAGUACGGGGAGAGCGUGGUGCACCCGGAGAAAAUGGUGCGAACGGAUCUUGCGAACAUUGUCCUCCACCGAGGCUUCCGCCAGGAUACUAG